AUGGACAGGAAGGCUGACGAGUGUGGAGCAGAUGCAGAGGUCCCGCUUCCAUGCUUCAGCACCUUCGACCAUGGUGCUGGACUACGGGAGGUCUCCAUCAUCAAAGGAAUUGAGGAAUACCUCGGCUACCACCACUUGGCGGAGCCUCUCACAGCUUUUCGUCGAGAAGUGGCAGGUGCCGGGCUUUUGCGCAACCCCAGCAUUUGGAUGCAAGUGGUGCGUGACAUUGAGGAGGUGCUUGCAACGUUUGAUGCUGGAGAUCAGAAGGCCUUUAGGGAUGCGUGGCAGCGGCUUGUCCCUGAAGAGCGGCAAACAGCGCCGGUGGGGCGAAACAUCGAAUUGCGGCUGCAGGCUUACUUCGCCACUCACAGCAUGCGCAGAGCAUUGCAGGAAGGCCGCGAACCGGAACCUCACGAAAUGCAGGCCUUGGAUCGCUUUCGGGACUUCUUGAGUGAGUGCGGCAAGGAUGAGGUCAGUGCAGAUGAAGCACUAAUGCCUCUUUUUGCGCUUCCCUUCGUCCAGCGACCGCAUGCGCACCCUGAUGUGCGGGAGGUCUUCUCAGACAGUUGGCUUCAGCACCUUCGCAAAGAUGUUGAGGCAGAACUUCGAUUGCAACAACCGCCUAUUCCUUUGCUCUAUGACAUCGUGGAGCAGCCACCCACAGACGAUGGGAAGCGCCCAUGGCAGGCAGUCGAAGCAAAGCAAAUAGAAUUUUCAGAGUACCUAUAUCAUAUCGUCCAUUGCUGUUGCAUCCAGCAUCAUGAUGCAACAUGGCUAUUCCAUGCUUUGCACCCAUUUUUUGACCCGGUCAAGCCAGGUCUGAAUGCACAGAAGCCACACUUGAAGGUCGACAGAUCAACAGGAAGUUGCGAAAGAUAA